CUUUCUUUGUUUGUGAAAUAAAGGUCAAUUUCCAUUUUACUCCCUAUAAAUUCCCUCCGUCUUCCCUCCAAUUCCGCUUCCCCCAAAUUCACUCAUCAUCGCCGGCCACUAGGUGAAUUCUCAGGGCUACUUGGGGUUCAGAAUCAAUUGUCAGGGGUCACCUUUAGAUGUACAAUCACGGACCUCAAUUCUCCUUUCUAUUGAUUUCUUGACCUGCGAAGAUUUAUUUUAGCAAAUUCAACUAGAUGGAGAUGAAUUUCCGGAGCACCACAAGAGGUCUGAAACUUGUGAAAACAAAGUAUAUGGGGCUGGUUGAGUUUGAGACUGAAUAUAUUCCAGAUUGGUUCUUGGAGGAAGUCCUAUCAAGAUUGCCUUUGAAAUGUGUUUUUAGGUUGAAAUGUGUAUCAAAGCAGUGGCUUUCGUUUAUUUCGGCUCCUUCUUUUGUCAACUUGUACAUUUCUCGAGUUUCUUUGUCACAUAAGCCACAACCGUGGACCGUGCUUAGUCACCGUCUGCAUGUUAAGGGCACAAAGUUUUGUCCUGAUCCCCCAUUAAUGCUGGAUAACAUGUUAUCUGCAGACGAGAAUGAUCUGAUUGAGUACCCUAUUUUAUCACGUUAUCUUCAUCUUCCUCUUCCUCAACGAUCUUCUUGGCGCGAACGCUAUGAUAUUGUAGCAGUUAGCGAUGGAUUAGUGUUGUACGGACGAAUUGUGUUUAUGGAGAAUAGCAUCAAUCACAUGACAGAUUAUCACUUGUAUAACCCUAUCACACAUCAGUGUGUUGCCCUUCCUCCACCUUUUUUGUGCUUUCGGUUUGUCAGUACUGGUUUUCUAACCCAAAUUGAAGGGGGAACAUUGAAGAACUAUAAAGUGGUGCGAUUUGGUUGUCAAUUAUGGGAGUGGCAUAACCUCGAGUUUGAGAUAUUCUGUUCUGAAACUGGGAGCUGGAGGAGUGUUGUUGUGCACAGUGACCAAGCAAUUCAGAUUGCCUGGCUGAGGAUGCCUUUUACCUUCAGUGGAAUGUUGCAUUGGAUUGACCGAUGGCUUGGGAUUGUGGCAUGUGAUCCUUGCAGGGAUUCCAAUCAGUGCCGCAUCAUUGGACUUCCUUCUGACAUUGACAAGCAAUGUAACAACUACAAAAACAAUGGAUUGUAUAGCCUGUGUAAUGUGCAUCAGGGUCGAUUGAGGUACUUUGAGGUGUCUCUAGCACCCUCGGAUCCCUUCGGAUUUUCAGGUUUCUCUCUAUGGGUUCUUGAUGAUUAUGACUCUGCUACUUGGUCUUUGCUGCACAGAGCUAAGGUUACUGAUAUCUUGUUUGAUGAUAUCUUAACUAGCCAGGGGUUAACUGGAUCAUGUCCUGCUCCUCUUGCCUUCCAUCCAUUUGAUGGCAACAUUGUUUGCCUGAGCUUAGGGGCCUAUAUUGUCACAUACAAUGCCAAGACUUUAAAAUUGGAGGCUCAUGGUAAUCCAGUCGCUACUGAAUACUUUUACGAAUCAACAGGAUGGUUGUCCUGGUAUGCACAAGUACCCGAGGUUAGCAUUCUUGUACGUGCUUCCUCCAUGGCCAGUUUCUAUCCCAAAAUAUCUUUCCAUGGGAAAGAAGGAGGAUGGUGUUUAGUAGACCUACUUAAAAAUAUAGAGAUGGCUGAGCCUGAGUAUAUAAUGAAUGAUAUGUGCUUCAUUUUUUUUAAUGAGGUGCGACCACACGCUUCAAUGGAAACACACAAAAGGAGACGCAUGGUAUCAUUAAGAACAAGAAGAAAACGCCGAUAUAUUAUGUUAUCUUCAUUGUUGCGCCGAUAUAUUAUGUUGUCUUCAUUGUUGCAAGUUGCAACUAUUGUCAAUUUGGGCUAUGCAACUUAA